UCUUGAGUCCUUGGGGACAUGUUCCCCCCGUAAAGGCAUAGACAGCAAAAGAAAUUGUGUGUUGAGCAAAACAAGAGGGCUUCAACUGCACAUAUGCUCGCCAGAAUGUGUCAUCUCCAUAUUAUGCUGGUAACAGCUCUGGUGGGAAAGGCAGCCAUCGGGUUCUCCUUGAUGUCUUUACUCGUAGACCCGGACCCAGACUGGACCCCUGACUACUAUGAGAGUAGCUACGAGUAUUACAACCAUGAAGAGAACAGCAGUGAUACUCUUGCCUACCAGGAGAAUCCCGACUGGUACUACACAGAGGACGAUCCGUGCCUGGACAACCCCUGCAAACGCAAUGGGGAGUGCCUUGUCAGUGGGGACACCUUCACGUGCAGCUGUCCAGCCCCUUUCUCUGGACACAGGUGUCAGAAUGUGCAAAACACGUGCAAAAACAAACCGUGUGGCCGGGGCGAAUGUCUCAUUACCCAGAGUCCUCCCUACUACCGCUGCGCCUGCAAACACCCUUACAAUGGCUCAGACUGCUCCACAGCGGUUCCUGCGUGCCGGCCGAAUCCCUGCCAAAAUGGUGGCAUCUGCUCCCGGCAUAAGCGGAGAACCAAGUUCGUCUGUACCUGCCCCGAACAGUUCAAGGGGAAAUUCUGUGAAAUAGGUCCUGACGACUGCUAUGUUGGUGAUGGCUACUCUUACCGAGGGAAAGUGAGUAAGACAGUCAACCAGCACGCCUGCCUUUACUGGAACUCCCACCUCCUCUUGCACGAGAAUUACAACAUGUUUAUGGAAGAUGCUGAUACCCAUGGGAUCGGGGAGCACAACUUCUGCAGAAACCCAGAUGGAGAUGAAAAGCCCUGGUGUUUCAUUAAAAUAAACAAUGCAAAGGUGAAAUGGGAGUACUGUGACAUCCCAGCUUGCUCAGCCCUAGACAUUGCUGACCCAGAGGGAAGCCCCACAGAGCCUCUGACCAAGCUUCCAGGGUUUGACUCAUGCGGGAAGACUGAGAUGGGGAAGGUCAAGAGGAUCUACGGAGGCUUCAAGAGCACGGCGGGCAAGCACCCAUGGCAGGCAUCCCUGCAGACCUCAUUGCCAUUGACUGCCUCCAUGCCCCAGGGCCACUUCUGUGGGGGCUCACUGAUCCACCCCUGCUGGGUGCUUACUGCUGCCCACUGCACUGACAUAAAAACCAAACAUCUGAAAGUGGUGUUAGGGGACCAGGACCUGAAGAAGACAGAAUUCCAUGAGCAGAGAUUCGGGGUGGAGAAGAUUUUCAAGUACAGCCACUAUAAUGAAAGAGACGAGAUUCCCCACAAUGAUAUUGCUUUGCUCAAGCUAAAGCCGGUGGAUGGUCACUGUGCUCUGGAAUCCAAAUAUGUGAAGACUGUAUGUUUGCCCGAUGGUGCCUUCCCCUCUGGGACUGAGUGCCACAUCUCUGGCUGGGGUGUGACAGAAACAGGGGAAGGGUCCCGCCAGCUCCUGGAUGCCAAGGUCAAGCUGAUUGCCAGUACUUUGUGCAACUCCCACCGACUCUAUGACCACAUGAUCGACAACAGCAUGAUUUGUGCAGGAAACCUUCAGAAGCCUGGAAAAGACUCCUGCCAGGGUGACUCGGGAGGCCCUCUGACCUGUGAGAAGAAUGGCACCUACUAUGUCUAUGGGAUAGUGAGCUGGGGCCUGGAAUGUGGGAAGAAGCCAGGAGUCUACACCCUGGUGACCAAAUUCCUAAGUUGGAUCAAAGCCACCAUCCAAAGGGAGACUAGUUUCUAAGGUGUCUUCUUAACCUGAGAGCCCAUUCUCCUUAGCACCCAGACAAGGCACAACCUCAUGGGCAGCACGGACACCCUGGGCGUCCCUGGGAGGCCAUACAGCCAAGAGUCUGCGCCCUACACAGAGACAACGGCCGCCCAGUCUGGCGCAUCCUGGACCAAGAUAUGCCAGAAGCAACGCAACCUGUAUUUUGUUUGCUUCCCUUCAAACGAUGGUACCUUCUAGAAAACCACAGACUGCCUUUACCUCGGACAUUUGCAAAUGUGGGAUUAAAGAAUGACCAGAGCCACUGGAAGUCACCUUUACGUCUUUAUUCCUCAUGCCAGACAUCCAAAGUACACAGCAGAACGGGUCCCCCCCUUCCAGGAUGACCCGGAGGACCGAAAAUACGACAUUCUCCGUAGCUUUCGAAGAGUCGUUAAGUGAAGCGGCUCAGGGAAUGGGCUGGUGUGUCAUGUUUUUUUGUUUUUUGGGUUUUUUUUGGCUUGCUGGAACAGAAGCAUGUCUCUGGUGGGCACAAUUCCUCCCCAGCCGCUCUCCCAAGAAUCCUGGGUGGAUGCCGCGUGCUCACAAGGGCAGACCCCUCCUCCUUUUGACGUGCAGAAUCUCCAUGGCAUCUGGGUUCACGUCCCCCCUCUGAUUAUCCGCGGGCUCCCCAGCCUCUGGUCCCCCCUGCAGGAAUCAAACAUACCUCCCUGAGUCCGAACGAAGCUUCCGCCCCGCUCCCACACGCGAGCUGCCUAAGAUGCCCCCGGAGCAUUUAAAACGUUCUCCCUCCCCUGCCCUUCCCCUCCUCCACCCUCCCCAAGAAAAACGAUCCUCGAGGCAAGAAGGAGAGCGAAGCAAAGCCAAUCUCUCAUUUAGACGUGGUGUCUUUCUUCUGAACAAAGCAGGGUUCAAAACCCGGACUGUUGCAGCCAGCGAGUCCCUGACCCUUUCUGCAAAUGUAACGAGCAAGCAGUCAGCACAGCCUGGGCUUCCGUGGCCCGGGAUUGAUGUAGCCCCGGUAGGUUUGUCUCCGCAG